GAAUCAGAAACUGGAAUUUGAUUGGGCUCGAAGCGGUCCAGAGGGAGGCUAUUGGCUAGGAAGUGUAGAGAGGGGCAGAGAUGGCAACGUGGAGCACAAUGCGUGUAUGCUGGCUAGUGAGCAAAGAUAGAAGCUGUCAGCGAAUUAAACUACCACAUUUAGAAAUGGUGGUGAUAGGGCGUGGGCCUGACACGGAGAUAACAGACAAGAAGUGUUCACGACAACAAGUACAACUAAAAGCAGAUUACAACAAAGGGUAUGUCAAGGUUAAACAGAUAGGAGUCAAUCCAACCAGUAUUGAUCUAGUGGAUGUUGGCAAAAAUCAAGAAACAAAACUGAAGCCAGGACAGAUUCUCCAUAUUGUCAACAAAUUGUAUCCAUACACUGUACAAUUCUUGGAGGAAAUGGGCACAUGUGCUGGUCGGGAAAACAAGAAGCUUGCUGAAAAAAGUGAAAAAAGGCCACACAGUGAACCUGAGAACAAAAAUGUGGAAAGCUUAUCUGGAAAACAAAUAAAAACAGAUCAGGUGGAGCUGCAAAACUACAAUUUGUACAACGAGGUGACAGAUGGCAGUUCUGUUUCUUCACUUGAAAGCUCUUCUACCAAAAUGGAAUGUAUGCCAUACUGGGCUCAAGGUCUGAAGGUUUCUAUGCUAAACCCAGACAUGCAGGUUUACAAGGAUGAGCAAGUUGUAGUUAUAAAAGAUAAAUAUCCCAAAGCUCGCUAUCACUGGUUAGUGCUGCCCUGGAAAUCCAUUUCCACUUUAUUUGCAGUAACUCAUGAGCAUCUUGAACUGUUGGAACAUAUGCACAAGGUUGGAGAAACGAUAAUCCAGCAGUGCCUGGAGAAAGACAGCCUGCACUUCAGACUAGGCUACCAUGCCAUUCCCAGCAUGAGCCAGCUACAUCUUCAUGUCAUUAGCCAAGACUUUGAUUCUAAGUGGUUUAAAACCAAGAAGCAUUGGAAUUCUUUCACAACCAAUUACUUCUUGGAUUCUACAGAUGUGAUAGCAGUGAUAAAAAAGAAAGGAAAAGUAACUGUGGAUAAGAAUGCUCUCCUACUUCUAACACUGCCUCUGAAGUGCCACAUGUGCGAAAAGCAACUGCCAACUAUCCCUCAGUUAAAAGAACACCUUAAAGAACAUUGGCCAAAAUGACGUGUGGACUAGUUUUAUUUAUGCACCUUCCUGAGUAUUGGGUAAAUUCAGUUCCAAUGUUCAUAUGCAAAUAUUAAUGCUAUUGCCUUAUGAAGUGUACCAAAACAUUGUCUACCUUAAUGUGACCAAUGGUAUUGUGGAGGAAAGUGUUAUGGAUAGAAGGCAAUGUGGAAAUGUAAAAGGUUUGUAUAAUGAUGAUGUACGUGUGCUUUUGCAGUGCAACCCUCACUCAAGACAUCUCUUUGCCCUUCCUGCUAAAGAAUUUGUUAUAACUAAUUGGCCAACUAAAGUGAGCCCUGCUGUUGAAUGAAUCUUUUUGUUAUGUGGUAAUUAUGUGUUUUAACUUUGACGUGACGGAAGGUAACUUUGCGCUCACAUUUGGGAUACUAUUCUAUAUUUCAAGCUGAACCUUGGCAUUCAUUUUCAAAACUGGCAUGGGUAAAAGGUGAAAAACCUAAAAUGUACUAUAGUUAAGAUUUGACUUGUAGCCUGAGAUAUCAGGAUAAUGUUCCAUCCUGUGCUGGAGGCAUUUCUCUGCUUUCCCAAUUUGACUUUCAGCUUUAUAUACUGUUUCUAAAGGGACUGCUGUGGAUGUUGCAGGCAUUAUGAUGUGAAAUCUAAGAUCUUAUUUAAAAAAAAAGAAAAGAAUAUCACUUGAACUCCUGUGUUUAUUUCAUUAAGCGUAUGUAUCUACAGUGCAAAGCAAUGCCUAUUAAAUUCUACUUCCUGCCUA